GGAUGGGAUUACAGGUGCAAUUCUAAACCUUCUGUCGGUGAGUGCCCUUGUGAUUGAUGUGUCACACAGCAAAGGGCUGCCAGCAUCGCCACCGCAGGCUGAACCACGGACCUCAGAGCUGAUUCAACAAGCCCCACUCCUCCUGGAGGAGGUGGAGGCGUUGUUGGUGGUGAUCGGGCAGGAGGCCUGAGAGAGAAGAAGGUUGUCCAGGAGCUUUGGUUCAUCGUGGUGAUGGCAGCCAUCGCCCUUCUGCUUUUGGCCAUCGUGUUAGGAGUCAUGCUUCACAGGGCCCUAAAUAAGCCCCCCCUCACGAGGGAGAGACCUCCUUUGGUUGCGCUCCCCAUGCAGAAGAGGAGCCCCAUGGCUGUGUACCCGCCUAGCAACUCUGUCUUGUUUGACACGGUGCCCGACACUACUGGCUUUUCCAGCUGCGUGACCCUGAAGGGCUUCUCCAUGAAGAUUGAGGAGAUUCUGGAGGCUAAAUGCGAGCCCGCUGAAGACAUCGACGCAGGGGAUGAACUGGGCAUCCUCAGUGUAAACUCCCUGCGACGAAGCAUCAGCCAGGUGAUAGAUAGGAAGUCUCUCGCAGAAGAUGACGAUGUCUGGGACCCGAACAUCUCAGCCCAUGACAGUGGGAUGGUGAGAGACCCCAAAAAUUUUAUGGAUGAUGAGGAAUUUGUGGACACCAUCAAAGGCUUUAGCACUGUGAGGAAGGAGCACACGAUGUUCACAGACACCAAUCUGUGACCUGAUGACAACCAUUUAGGUCCUCACAGCUCAGUCAGGAGGUUCAAUAUCCUGACCAGAGGUUACUGCAUCAGUCAUCCUGAGACAUUUCAAAACAGUGACACAAGGAAGACACAAGAUCCAGGGGAACAAGAAGAACAUGAGAUGUUUCUUAGAUUUAAACAUAACUGGAAGAAAAUUCCUUUUACUGAGAAGAAUGAAGCAGCUGGACCUCUUUUUGAAGAGCAUCUAAAGAAAUCCAACAGUGACAAGAAGAAUCCUGUGGGAGAUAUUUUCAAAGAUCAUAAUGGCAAGCAUGCCUACAAGGUUCCCAUGGCCUCUGGAAGAGACACAGGCCCACAGCAUCACAUACCUGCACUGUCCUUAACUGUGGGCAUGAAGUGGUUUUCCAGAUAUUAAUUUUUUUUUGUUUGACACCCAACCUGCCAAGAAGGUCUGUUUCUCAAAAGCUCAGUCAUAAUCUCAUCUGACAUAGGCAAGCUCCUGUAGUUAAAGUCAUAACAGAGUUAAGAAAAGGUUACACAUUUAUGUAAACGCAAAAAGGGCUGGAGCUCACCAAUUAGUUUUUUUAUUGUACAAAUUUCAUGGAGACAUGAACAUUUUGGCACCACAUCAGGAAAGACUGCUGUACUCCAACAAGGACUUCCAGGAAGAUUUUCUCUUACUAUCCUCCGUGUCUGUGGCAUUUCUAAUUUACAAAGAGCAACACAGACAUCUGCCAUAUAAAAAAAAAAACAAAGCAAAGUUUUCUUGUCUUUUCCAUUUUGACUAGUUGCUGAGACAAUUUAGUCUUGAUGUUUAGUCAUAACUGUCAUCUGGGCAAAAAGUAACUCAGAUUACAAAAAUGUUAGUUGCAUUAACUGUUAAGGGUGCUGCUGAGUGCGGUACCAGUGAUUUUGAAAAAAGAAAAUAUAUACACACUAAAUAAAUCAUCAAAUGUAUAUACCCUAAAUAAUGUACAUAAAGGUAGGGUUUUUCCAUUUUUCCUCAAUGGGGUUUUGCAGAUGAUUCGAUGGAUUUGGAAGAGGCUGAAAUUUAACUUGGUCAGAUUGUUUAAAUGGCCACAGCAUUAGAUGUGUUUGACACAGAUUUUGUAACCACUUUUAGCUAUCUGGAUAUCAUGACUGAUAUAGAAGUUAUCCUACUAAGCAUUUUGGAAGUUCAAAAUAUUUCAGCGUGCUCAACUUGUAAAGUUAAUGACAUUCAAUUUUCUUCUGUUUACCACAAGAGGGCGACGGUGUACCACUGCUUGAUAACCUUGGGUCCAUCUUUGGGAUAACAUGUAAACAACUGUUUACCACUAACUUAUAGUCUGCAUGAAAAACAGGUUUAAACGUCAGAUAUGGUCUUCAACAUGCACCACAGCACUCAGCUCAACAUUCAAACAGUCAAACUCUUAUGUGGCUGUUCUUCUGAACCUGACAUCAAUAUUAGUCAUAAAAAAUAACUUUACUACAUCUUGGCUCCUGAAACCUAAUUGACCAAAAAAUAAAAUAGAUUAACGCAAUUAUUUUCGCCAACUAGUGUAUUUGAGUACAUAACACACAAAGUAUAAAUAUAUGAAUACCCUUGAUAAUUAGACAAAAGUAUGUUUCACAAAGUAAAGCACACAAGUCAAAGUGGUUAAAUACAUAAUUUCUUUUUACUUGAAAUAUGUUGCAAUGCAAUAAUGUCGGCACAAAACAAUUGCACCAUUACAGUCAAUAUCAUGGUUACAAAACAUUCACGUAAUAAAUUAAUAUACUGCAGUACCACAUGAGAUAGUAAACAUAAAACCCCCUAGACAGGGACAUAAAUCGCUUAGGAACAGCACAAGUUUAAUAAAUGUACAAAAUAUUUUUUCAGGCAUUUACAAAGGCAGCCUCUUGUUUUUUUGUUCUUGUUCGACGUGUACAAAUAUAAAUAUCUAACCCGGCCUGAGAUCCUUCAGUGACUUUAGCGCUAAAAGCCAUUUCAUUUUUAAACUAUUGCUGAUAGAUUUACAAUUUUCAUUUAUGCAUUUGAUUUACGAUUUAAAAAAUCCUUUAUCCUUUAAAAAACAAUAAAUGCUUAUUUGCUUCCCAGUUUUCUUGAUAUUGCUGCAACAUGUACUUUUCCCUUUAGUGUGAUAUUUAAUUAUGUCUGUAAACAAAUCACUAAUCAGUGGAAAUGUUUGCUGCAAUAGUAGCAGUAAAGUGCAUGCAGCACAUGCUGGGUUGUAAAUAGCUGGCGUCUGUAGAAACAUGUCACAUACAAAUAUUUAAACAUAGCACUAUAAGCUUUUAUUUUGAAACAAUAAAAAUGACUAUUUCCUUUUUAACAAAUUGAUGUGCAACCUUCCCCAACACCCACUCCAUCUGUUGAAGCAAUUUCCUUCUCAGUCUCCCAUUCUGGUAGCACUUCAUAGUACAAGCCCAGUUUCCCUGGAGCCUUUAUUAAACUUACUGGUUACUUUCCCAGACCUGACUGGGUACUUCAAAGCAUCGGGUUGUAGUAUGAGGUGACUGAUAAUUUACUGGGUACUUUCCCAGGACUUACAGGCUACUUUCCUUAAACCUUCAUGGAGCUCACUAGUUAUUUUGCAACAAAGUGCUCACUAAGUUCUGGAAAUUAACCAGGAGGUUUAGGGAAAUUAACCAGCAGGUUAAGUUAAAGUUACCAGCAAGUUAAGGGAAGUUUCAGGAAAGUAUCUUGUACAUUCCAGAAAGUAUCCAUUAGGUUCCAGGAAAGUACCUAGUAAGUUCCAGGGAGGUAACUAGAAAGUUUCGUUAAAGCAUCUGGCAAGUUCCAGAAAUGUUUCUGGAAAGUACCUAGCAUUUUCUGAGAAAGUUCCAUAAAGUACACACUACGUUCCAGGAAAGUAUGGGCAGUAUCAUGUAGUGUAAUCCACUUUGGUAACUAAAGCAGAGACAACUGCAACCCCAACACAUACCUCCACCUGAGCCAAUGCACUAGAAGCUUCUCCUGCGACCUUUCCUGUAGAGCGUAUCUUUGAUCAUGUUUCAUCAUCAUGCAGGUGACAUGAAUCUUGUCCUUAUAGGAACUCUGAAAAGACUACUGAUGUAAACUGAGUUGUUUUACCAACCAGAACAAGAACUUUAAGUACCAACAGUGAUGGCUAUUCCUGAGAUCUAAGCUACACUUGAUCUGAACUUUUUAACAACUUGUGUCUACUGAUCAUGUAUGAUUGCAUUCCCAUGAUUCUCUGCAUAACUACUGGUUUCGAUUACACUGCAUUCACUUCACAGCCGGCCUAAGACAUAAGCAGGCCAGGCAGCUGCUUAAGGCCCUAAAAGCAAAAGGCUCCAAGAGCACACGAAUUCAUGAACAAAGUCAGAGUUACAGAUGUAAAUGUGUCUGAACAAGUUAUAAAUCAGCUGUAAAUGGGAUACUUUAAAGCUGAAAAUUUGUCAUAAUUGAAGUUACAAUAUUAUCUAAAAAUAAUUUAAGCCAGACUGUAAAAUGUUUCUUUGUUGAACAGGUCUUAGCGGUUUUUCCACUUUUUCCACUCCACAUUCACCAAAACUGCCAAAAUAAGGACAAGCCUCCUCAAUAAUUAUAAAAUUAGAUGCAUAAAGCAUAAAUAUUAGAACAUGGGAUGAUUUCCAUGGGACCCAAACAGCCUUGGACUGACCCCACUUCCCUUUGACUGUCAACAUUUCAGGCAGUUUGCAAAUUAUGGAUGGAUAUGAAAAGUGUAAAAUUAAACACAUUUUAAAGAUAAAAUGUAGAUUUUAUAUGUAGACGUUGCAUAAUUUAAAAAAGGGGAUCAAUCUAAGUCAGAUUUUUCUAGGUCAAAAUAUAAAAAGAAAAAAAAAAAGGGAAGAAAAUGCAAUUGACUUGACU